AUGACCGAUCCCUCUUUUGAAUCUGUUCCUUGUCCCAUCACCACCACCACCACCACCACGACCGACUCCUCCUUUUCCGACACUCGCCCUGCACCCCUAGCCACCUUGAUGCCCACUGCUUCUACGCCGCUCCAUCAGCAGCAGCACCCUGGGUCAGACGCACCACCGCAUUCCAGCACCUCUCGCGCCGCCGUUCACUUUUCGGCACUUCCGUCGGCGACAGACCAGCUGCUGGAAUCCAAUACAGACACCUCCGCUCCUCCGCUCUCUCUUCGUGGCAUUCAUCGCUCUCUCGCCGCGCACCUUCAACAUCGCACUCCACCGCGUCAGUCUCGUCCAUACGCCGCAGACAUUAGCAGCACUUCAGAGUCUUCAGGUUCGCCUAGACAGCGCCUCUCCACCAUCUUUCAGAGGCGCAGUAGCAAGCAUCCUCAGAAUCGCAUCGACACCGCUUGCGAGUCAGCUCAGAUCGAAGCCCAUCCUGACCCUCCAUCUCUUGCUCCCAACCUUGAACGCAUCGGUACGCACUCGGCAGGACUCGUGACCGGCUCACUCCUCCCUCGUAGGAGAUCAUCCAAGCGAGACCAGGUCAGGAUGGUUGGCUCCCACCUUCAACAUGCCUUCCGCUCCUGGUUCAAGGAGACCGAGAAGGACGGCACUCCACUUCUGCCCGUGCAGCUCUCGAAAAAGUACGACGUGCUACCCCAGGUGCUUGGCCAAGGCUCCUUUGCCGUUGUCAAAGCUGUCGUCGAGAAAUCCACUGGCACACAGCGUGCACUCAAGAUCAUCGCCAAGAAGCCGCUCAAGGACAACAACGAGAAGAUGCUCAAGGAGGAGAUCACCAUCCUUGGCAAGGUGGAGCACCCCAACAUUAUCAAGAUGUGGGACCUCUACGAGACCAAAGAAGGCGUCUUCAUUGUCACUGACCUCUGCCGUGGCGGAGAGCUCUUUGACCGUCUCGUCGAAAAGGUCCACUACAACGAGUUGGACGCCCGCCACAUCAUGAAGCAGAUCCUCGAGGGCGUCGCCUACCUCCACGAGCACGACAUCAUCCACCGUGAUCUCAAGCCCGAAAACAUCCUGUUGCGUGACAAGUCCGACCCAAGCGACAUUGUCAUCUCCGAUUUCGGCCUUUCGCGCUUUAUUCCAGAUGAGGGCUUGCUCAUGACCGCGUGCGGCUCUCCGCAGUAUGUCUCGCCCGAGGUGCUGCUUGGCAAGGGCUACAAUGCUGCCGUCGAUAUAUGGUCUUGCGGUGUCAUUGCCUAUGCGCUUCUGGGCGGUUACACGCCCUUCUACGGCGAAGACCAGCCCACUCUCUUCCAGCAGAUCAUCAAGAUGCAAGUCGAGUUCGAGCCAGAGUACUGGUCCGAGGUCUCUGACACAGCGAAGGACUUCAUCCUUCGCUGCCUCUGUCCCGCAGACAAGCGCAUCACCGCACGCGAGGCUCUCGCUCACCCAUGGCUCGCCAAUCUACCUCCACUGCACGAGGAGAGUGCCAAGGGCGCCUGCCUCAAGGACCGCGCCCUUCGCAACCUCACCGCCAUGCGCAAGCUUCGCAAAGCCGUUACCGCUGUCGAAGCCGUCAACCAUCUGCAGCGACUGCACGCGCUUCGUCAACAGAACGGCGGAGCGUUGCCUCAGAAGCAGCAGUCUCUGCUCAGUGUUGCAAGCUACAUCCAGUCGUACAAACGCGGCAAUUCGCUGCUGCCCGAUACUCUCGAAGACGAUUCAGCCGCCUCCCCACCACCCGAACCCGAUGUCACUACGGUCCCUAUGGCGGUCGAGCCCACAGAAAUGCACUCUGCGACAGACAAGGAACGUACAAAAGAGCGCGGAGAUUCCGCCAUGGCCCUCGACUUGACCGUCAUGAUGGCCAUCAUGCCUGAAAGCUGGGGCCGUCCGGCGUCCACGCCCAUUUCCAAUGCUGCGCAGGGCGGUGCAUCGGGUACGGCAGCAGUGGCGGAGGCUGCCGAGUCCACAGUCAACCGCGGCCGCGACCCGACUGCAGAGAACGCCGACUCUAGCAAGGACAACAACGAAGGAGCAGCUGAUGGGCAGGCGAGUCCUUCCGCUUCGUCUACGGGCCAAUCGGAAGCCACCGUUCGGCCAUCAGCGGCCCCACAGGCUGCCUCAGCCGGCCAAACUCGUCGUACCAGCAGUUCUGUCAACCGCAAAGACAACGAGUCAACAAAGACGCUCACAUCGCUCUUGGACCAGUACAAAAAAACCGAACUCCCCGCUUCAGCGCGUCUUAACCCGACCGCCAAGAGGACGCAGCCGACCAAACUUACCUUCAGCAACGCUUGGCGCUACUUACCCUUCCUCGUUUCGCAAGGUGUCACCAUCGGCACUGCAGUCGCAUCGCACGCCAUCUACGGACCAGCUAAGAAGUCGUGGGGUAUCGAGACCUCCAUCCUCACCCGAGUUUUGCGUGACGUCGCCGAUUACUCCGAAUUCGCUUCCAUCGAAGGUCUGCAGAGCUUCUUUGAUCUGGGUGCCUUCCUGCCCACACCCAAGGACGGUCUGAUCACUCCGGUGACGUUCCGCGUCAAGAAGCGCGGCUUGCGCGGCUUUCUCGCCGAAGCAGAUGCCGCCGAGGAUGGCAAGCGUGAGAUCAGCGCAGAAUGGGUCGUCGGCAAACAGACCUGGCGUCGACUCCAGGCAGAGUGGCGCAGCGGUAAACAGAAGGGCAAGGAACGUGUCAUCCUCUACAUCCAUGGAGGCGCCUACUUUGUCAUGUCGGCUGCCACGCAUCGUCCGCUCACCAUCUCGCUCUCCAAGUACACCGAGUGCCGCGUCUUUGGCAUUAAUUACCGCCUCGCGCCCGAGACCAAGUUCCCAGGCGCACUGCAUGACUGCGUCGCAUCCUACUUCCGUCUGACUGACGAUCUAGGCAUCCCGCCCAGCAACAUUGUGCUCGGAGCUGACAGCGCUGGUGGCGGCCUUGCUCUUGCUCUGAUGUUGUAUCUCCGCGACAACGACUAUGAGAUGCCCAGCGGCGCUAUGCUCUUCAGCCCUUGGGUCGAUCUGACCAUGUCCUGCGACUCUUGGGAUACCAACGCCGAGUUCGAUUACCUGCCCAUGCCCAAGUCGGGCGACCACAUGAACCCAGUCUUUGCAUAUCUCGGAGAAAACAUCGACAAGUACCUCACCCAUCCCUACGUUUCUCCGCUCUUUGGUGACUUGCACGGUCUUCCUCCCCUGCUCAUUCAGUGUGGAGACGCCGAAGUGCUGCGUGACGAGGUGACGCUGCUAGCCCACAAGGCAUCUCUGUCAGGCGUCGCUGUCCGCCACGAGCUCUACGAGGACUGUGUCCACGUCUUCCAAGCUUUCCUGUUCCUCGACGCAAGCCGCAAAGCCCUGCAGAGUGCGAGACACUUUGUACGCACCGCGCUCGACAAGCGAGGCAAGUCGCGAUCCUCGUCGGCCACCAAACGCAGCGAGGCGGCUGUCAACAAAGAGAUGGCCGGCAGCUCAAUGCAGACGCCACAGGGCGACAAGGCCAACCCAGCGACCGGAGAAAAGCAAUCCGCGACUGCCUCGUCAGGCUCGUCUGCUUCCAAGGGCAAGGCGCCGAGCGGCACCCUCACGCCCAGCACUUCCUCCGACGCGGUGGACGGCGGGAUCAAGGAGAUGGUUUCGUUGCCGCACUCGCGCUCUGACGGCGAUGUCGACGUUGACGACGACGAUGACGAUGCGGAAGCAGGCGCCCUUCCUGCUGGUGAAGAGGAAUGGGAGCUGGACGGACGGCCCUCGGGCGAAGAGCACAGGCCUCCGCAGGCACAAGCUGCCGGGCUGCCGGCCAGGGUAGCGCAGAAAGCGCUCGGUGUCGACGAUAAAGCAGUCACGGAAGCCACAAGCGAGGGCACCAAGCAAGAAAAGCAAAAGGAGAAGCAGGAAGGUGCAUCCGAGUCGUCCGGUCGCGAACCGUCGUUGCUUCAGAUGUCAAUCGAAGAGGCGCGCCUGCGCGGCCAAGCAGGAAUGCAGCAGCAGCUCUCGUCGGAUGCCCCUGCACUCAGCAAGUUCCAUGCUCCCGCCAAGCCACUGACGCCCAAGAUGCGACGCUCCAGCAGCGGCAAGGAGCUCACUACCCUGCUCAAGUCGUUUGAGGAGAGCAAUAAGAGCGGCGGUUCCGGUCUCAAGACCAACGUCUGGACGCCCUCCAACCCUUGA